AUGGACUUCCAGUCUCCCCAGAACACCAUGUACGACACCUCGAGCUUCAUCGAUCCUAGCGCCAUCGCAAACCCCCAGAUGAAUGGCGCGCGCCCCUACAACCCAAUGCCCCAAGUUCCUCAGAAGCGAGACUCCACCGGCGCCGCCCUCUCUCUAUCCCGCUCACAGACACCCUCCCAGCAGCCCCAAUUCGGCUUCCAGCACCAACAGCCAUUCGCCAACACGCCCUCGCCCACCAUGUCAAGCCAGCACUUUGCGCCCGGCCAGAUGGGCGGCCAGCGGAUGCAGACUGCCUCGCCCGCGCAAAACCCCCAUGCGCCCCAGAUGUCGCCCAUGGGCUUCCAACCCUCGUCUAUGAACCAAGCAUUCAACGCAAACUCCGGUAACCAAUUCCCCGUUCAAUCGGUCCAGCUGUCACAAAAUCUGCAGAGUCGCCAGCAGGAGGCGCAGAGGCAGUACGCAAUGCGCCUGCAACAGCAGCAGCAGUUGGGCAACCUCGCCGCGAGCAACAUGGCUGCGCGACAAGGACAGCAGCCAGGCGCACAGAUGCCCGGCGGGAUGCAAAACCCCAUGCAGCAUCCUGGUAUGCAGCCAAACAUGAUGCAAGGUCAAGCACAACAGCCAAACCCCCAGGUCCAAUAUCAGCAGUUUCUUAAAAACGUUGCAGCGCUAUAUGCUCAGCAAAAUCGGCCGUUUAACCCGCAGCCUCAAUGCGCUGGCCGUGUAAUUAACUUGCAGAACCUCUACGCUGCCGUCUUGCGCUUCAAAGGCUCUCGAUUCGCUACCCAGCAGAAUGGCUGGCCACGGAUCGCACAGAUGAUGAACAUACACCCACAGCAGUUCCCCAAUGCCCCUAACGAGUUGCGCCAGAUCUACGAAGCAAACCUGCUCCUCUACGAAACUGCCUACAUCCAGCGACAGCAGCAACAGCAGCAAAUGCAAAUGCAACAACAAAAGGGUAUGCCCCCACAAGGGCAAAUGGGUCAGAUGGCACAGAUGGGGCAAAUGGGUCAGAUGGGUCAGAUGGGCCAGAUGGGCCAGAUGAAUCAAAUGGCCACCAUGGGUCAGCAGAUGUCCCCAACAAGACCGACAAUGCCAGGACAGCAAAACAAUAUUGCAGGACAUCAGGAGUACCUACAACAGCUGCAAAGAUCGCAGGAGUCACUGAAGCAACAACAGCAGCAGCAGCAACAACAACAACAACAACAGCAGCAGCAGCAAGCCCAGCAACAACAACAGCAACAACAAGCCCAGCAACAACAACAGCAACAGCAAGCCCAGCAGCAACAGCAGCAACAGCAAGCUCAGCAACAGCAACAGCAACAACAGCAGCAGCAACAAGCACAGCAAGCACAGCAGCAACAGCAGCAGCGCCAAUCGGUCCCACCUACCCAGCAGCCCCAUCAACAAAUCGACCCAACCGCGCACCUGCCACAAUCAACGCCGUUACAAAGCAAUGCAGCACCUCCGACCGUCAAUGGCAACACACCACAGCCAGAUAUCAAUACGCGGAAGAGCCUCAGCAGACAGUUGGAGGGAACUCCCGUCCCAGGCAAAGAACCCAACCAGGUACAACCUUCUCCAAUGAAGCAAGAAGAGAAUGCCGCAGUUGCCGAUCCAGCUUUGAAUGCCAUUGAAGGACCUGAGAGGCGGAAACCUGUGAUAGAGCAAGAUGAUGGCACAAGAGUCUACCAACCCGCAUGGCGAACUCAAGAUACUUGGGGAGGUCUCGACUUUGACUCUGACAACUUCAAGAACAUGAUCGACACCAUCACAAACUACAAGCCAAAUGUUCCGAUGCUGCCAGAGAUGGGCGUGAUUGACAUCCGAGCGAUCACCAUGAGUAUCAGGUCGGGUUUGCCUGGAGAAGCCCGCUUGGGACUCGACACUCUUACACGGUUGACUUAUGACAACACUAUACAGUUCAAUCUGGCCCACUGCGAAGAUUUGACAGAAGUAUUGGUGGAGUAUGCAGAAGACCUCUUGGAAACAUUGGGCAACGACAAUCCCGAAGUUACCGACAUCAUCGAUCUCAUGUCCUACGAGGAUGUCAUGCACCACUGCCGCGAAGAAGCUGCCUCGCUACUGGAGAUCCCGCAGGUCGGCACAACCGCACACCAUCUCAAUCGUACCGCUGACCGGCUGCUUGCGAUUACCACAAUUUUCCGCAAUCUAUCCUUCCUUGAGGUCAACCAUGACUCCCUGGUCAGCCCUUCAGUUCUCAAAUUCCUCGCAAACUUCAUACGCCUCGUGGGCACGCGAGUUCUGCUUCUCCGCUCACACAUGAACACCUUUGAGUUCAUGAAAGACAUUGUUACUUUCUUCUCCAAUACUAGUGCUAAAGUUGUUCUGCCUAGCCGUGAAGAUGCAUACGCUGUACUGCACUUCCUAUGCGCCUUUGCUCCAAUGCCACGACCUACCGAACCUGUCAAAUUCACGCCCUUUGACCCUCAAAUCCACCGCUAUCUUCCGUCCGCAGUCGACAGUCUAGCAAAGCUGCUUGCUCGUGAUGAUCCCAACCGGACAUAUUACAAGCAGAUUUUCAUCAAUGAGGCGACAGCUACACCAGCGUAUGACCUCCAGACACGAUCCUUUGCCCUCGCCAUCUCGGUCGUGCCUGACCGCAACUACAUUGAGAACAAGAUGUACCAACUGAAGGACCCGCGUCCUAAGGAGGUGCGCAUGUUUGAGGCGCGUAUCGCAGAAUCACGAAAGGCCUAUCUCAUGCAAGGCAUGCUGGCUGCAGAUAUCCUCGCCAGUCUAGCCCCAGGACCUGAAACUGGCAUCUGCCGUGCAUGGCUUGAAUCGGAGGACGGCUGGGCACAUACGCUCCUCAAAUUUGCAAUGUCUCUCUCAGCCACUGACGCUGCCAUCCCCCACCCUCCCCUGCCACCGAACCACCGCGGCCCACGACCCAUGGACCACGACCGAGAAGGUUUCCAACUUAUUGUGCACCGUGCGCUAUCGACUCUCAAGCGCCUAGGCGACAAGUCAAAGGGCGGCGAGCCUCUGGUCAAGGGCGUGCAGCAAAUGAACGGACACAUGGACCACGACAGUAUGGAUGAGGAUGAGGACGAGGACGACAUGGAGAUUUUCAGUUUCAACGGCAGUUCAUGGAGGGUGAAAGCCGACAUUCUACCCCGCAAGGAGACGCUACUUGGUGCACUGUUGACAGCGCAACUCGACGUUCGCAGUCUAAAUCAAUUCUGUAAGAUUGGAUAUUUGGACGAGUAA